AGAAAUUGAUACAGAUUUGGAAUAAUCUGAGGGUGAGUAAAUGAUGAUGGAAUUUUCAUUUGUGGGUGAACUGUUCUCUAAACACUUGAGGAUACACUGUAAAAACUGUAAUUUUACAGAAUUGUUCGGUGCUUAUGGGAUGUUUUAAAACCGUCAAUUGACAGAAAAACACAAAUUUGCAAAUUUACAAGAAAAACAUGAAAACAUGUAAUUAUAUGGGACAAAGUUGUUAUUUUACAGUAUUGUUUCUGGCACCCCAGCUGCCAGAAGAUUACCAUUUUUUACAGGAUUUGUUUUAUAGUGUACUGGACAGUAUAUUCAUUUUAUAUUGGCUAUUUUAUAUCUUUUAUUAAUCAAACAGAGUUUGUAGCUGUAUGUUUAAGAGAGACAUUUGUCAGAAUGCCUGUCUGCCUCCAUCUGUUUGUUUUAUGAAAAUAUGUUGCGGACGAGACUUGGAGCCGGAGGGAGUUGUGUAUGGGUCAGUCCGACUGCUCGCUUCCUCUCCUGUUUGGAUAGCUCCCUCAUUUGUCCAUCUCAAGUGUUACAAGGUGUGAACACUGACAAACAUGAUGUGACUGACACUGGGCAUCACUUUCCUCUGCCUCUCUCUCUCCAAACUCUAGUGUCUGUUGGCACAACCAUUGACUGUAAGGGAUUGAUAUUUUUGGAAUGAACUUGAAUCCUGCAUGAAGGUUCUCGUACACAUCUGACCCCAAAUCUGCAAUCUCCUCCCUGUUUUUUUUCUCCUCCUACUUCUUACGGCUGGCCAUGAGGGAAUUUAAGAGAGCUAGAGGUGAGCCUUCAGGUACACUGCAAGUGAACAGUAAGAAGGGAUCGGAUCAGAACCAUGCGGACUCUCGUGGUGCUUUGCGUCUGCUUGGGUAGUUUAAGUGUAAGAGCAGAAGCAUUGAAUGAACUGGGAAAGACGGCAGAGGGAAAUGAAGUUAUUGGCUCAGAUUCACUCAUCGGUUUCUCGCCUGAGGCCGAUGUUUCGUCCGUGCAGCAUCAAAUGGUGGAUUCAAGUCCAGAAUUAAGUGGACCAAAAGAAACACGAAGAACAAGGCACUUGAGGACCACAGAUAAUACACAGUCUACUAUGGGGAGAAUCGAGGCUGUGUGGGUGGAGCUUAAUGCUGUGUUAGAGAGAUGGGCAGGAACAUCAGGAAAACUCAAUGCAAUCUUGAGGGACCUUACAGCUGAGAAAAAACACCUGUUGGACCAAGGUGAAGAGCAAAAAGUGAAGAAAAAUAAAGAGGAGGAGGAGGAAGAAGAGGAUGAUGAUGACGAAGAAGAGGAGGAGGAGGAAGAAGAGGAGGAGGAAGAAGGAGAGGAGGAAGGAGGAGAGGAAGCGGAAAAAGAGGAAGGAGAAGAAGAAGCAGAAAAGGAAGAAGAAGAAAGUGAGGUGACUAACAGCACCCUGACCAAUAAUUCCACAGACAUGUUACCAGACGGCUGCCUACUGGAAGGAGCUCGAAUGUCCUGCAAGCUGAUUGGCUUGUCUCACCUGCCCGUCAUAACAAACCUGGAAGUCACCGUACUUGAAGUGUCUGGGAAUAACUUAGCAGAAAUUCCUCCCGGUGGUUUUGAUGCACUUCCAAAUCUCGAAGAGCUUGACCUAAGUAUGAAUAUACUGGAAGACUCUUCUUUUGGCCUGAGUCUGUUCAUGAAUCUGACAAAUCUGAGACGUCUGAACCUGGAUGGCAAUGGACUUACAACAGUUCCACACUUGCCGUCUUCUCUGGUGGAGCUAAAGAUACACAACAAUAAAAUAAACCAACUGGCCUCACACAGCUUCAAAGGCUUGACCAACCUACAAGUCUUAGAACUGACAGGAAACAUCCUCUAUGAGGGCAGCGUUGCACCCUGGGCUUUCAGACCUCUGAAGGCACUUAAGUUCCUCCGAAUGGAUAAAAACCGAUUCAGUUCCAUCCCAGCAGGAUUGCCCCCAUCUUUAGAGGAAUUGUGGAUGCAGGAAAAUCAGAUUGUGGAGGUGCAGGACAGGCUUUUACAUAAAUGUGUCAACUUAAGGGUGCUUGAUCUCAGUCACAAUCAUCUGAGAGAGAACAAUAUCUACCCCAAGGCCUGGAUCAACCUGCCGAAGCUUGAAGUCCUUGACUUGUCCCACAACCAGAUGUCCGUAGUGCCCUCGCACCUGCCCAGGGCCUUGCGUCAACUCUCUCUCCAGCACAACCACAUUCACGCCAUUCCGCCGCUCGCACUGAGUCACCUCCGUCCAGGCUUAGAGAUUCUGCGUCUAUCCCACAAUGUGUUGGAGGAGCAGAGGGUGCUGGGGAAGUCGUUCCGUGGCGUUUAUCAAACACUGAUAGAGCUGCACUUGGACAAUAACAGGUUUGAAAUUGUGCCACGGAACAUACGUCACUUCAAAAAGCUCCAGCUACUGCAUCUAGAUCACAACCGUAUAAGCUCUGUUCCAGUGAGGUCUCUAUGUAAGGUUAAAGGUACAGAGGAGUCUCAUAUGUCGGAUGUCCAUUUAGAGUACAACUACAUUAAUGUGAAGAAAAUCCCUCGUACUGCUUUCUCAUGCAUCCAGGACCCCAAUAGGAUCAUUCUUGAGCCCCAGACCCCAAUAGUGUUAUAUUAAACUCCUGCAGUGUUAUUUCAGCCUUCACUCGGCUGCUCCUUUCAUCCACUCAUAUCCUGUUAGAAUACUGUAAACACCAUGUCCUUUAGAUCUAAUAGUCUGCUAAUAGUAUCUUCUUUCAUCUUUCUAUUUGGUAACUUCAGCAACACUCCAUGGAUUCAUUAGUAAAGCUUUAAUCUUUGUAUUUUAUGUAGGUUUACAAAUGACAUUUUAUUGACGUGAUUCUCUGACUGUACUGUUUUCAUUGUUAAUAGUAUCAGUACAAUUGUUUUAUAAUUCAUGUUUUCUUGUAAGUGAAGCUCACAUGAUUUUUUUUAUUUCACAAUAUCUAUUACACUUGCAUCUAUAUAAUAUCAUGUAUCUUUAUUAUUCUCAUAUGUCACAAUAAA